AAGAAACCAGGCAGCGGCCCAUGUGACUUCUGACGUUUGAGCAGAGUCCUACUAAAAAGAAUGUGAGGGAAUGAUCCUGCUGCUCACCAAGCGGAUCCACGGUGGCUUCCUGACGUCCGCUUUAAGGAAGUCCUGAAAAGUUAGCCUGCUUGCUUACCGACUGACUUUUUUUUCUUCCUUCUUUCUGUAAUCCCGUAGACUGACUCGUGAUGUCUGACGAACACACGGAGGGACAAGAGGCUAUGAACUUAUACUCUAUAACCCUCUCCGGCCCAGCGCCUUGGGGCUUCAGGCUGCAGGGUGGCAAGGACUUCAGCAUGCCCCUCACCGUGUCAAGGCUGACUCCAGGCGGAAAGGCAGCUCAGGCUGGUGUUGGGGUGGGAGACUGGGUGGUGUCCAUCUGCGACACCAACGCAGAGGACAUGACCCACGUUGAGGCACAGAACAAGAUCAGAGCAGCAACAGACACCCUCUCCCUCACUCUCAGCAAAACCUUCAAAGCGGGUGGAGACCAUAAGGACUCACUCGCUGCAGCUUCUGUUCAGCCAAAGUACUCGUUUGCCCCCAGCACAGCCAUUAACAAGAUGGCGAGGCCAUUUUCAGCAGGUGGUGGUAGCACCAACUCAGGACCUGUCAUUAAACCUGUGGCAUACUCACCUAAACUUAACACUCCACGCUCACAGGGCCGUGCCAGUAUGCAGCAGCCACAGAAUGGCUGCAACAGUAGUGAUGGGGACCAGCUAAACUACAGUUCACUCUCAUUGCCAGAAGGGAUGGAAGCUCAUGACAAGGGUGAAGCUACUUACUAUGAUGAUAUUUACCACGCAUCCAAGCACGGCCUCAGGGUGGAGAACCUGCCCUGUUUUAUCCCUAACGACCGAAGCAAGAAGAGACUGAUCCAAGACACCGAGGACUGGCAGCCCCGCACCGGCACAACUCAGUCCCGCUCCUUCCGCAUCCUGGCCCAGCUCACAGGCACCGACUUCAUGCAGGACCCAGAUGAUGAAACCAUGAAGAGAUCCAGUGCUGUAAUUCCCAAAACAAACCAUCUCGGUUUCUCUGGCCCAGGCUCCAAGACUGCAGCUGAAGCAGGAGGUGGUUCAGCUCCUUCCGUUCGACCACCGUGGGUCACUGACCGUAGUUUCGCUGACCGUUUUCGCCCAGACAAAACCAGUACCGUUGUGACCCAGCACCAGCAGCCAGUCCAGCCGACGCCAAUGCAGAACCGCAGCUCCAUCCUGCAGGCAGCGCAGCAGGCACCUGAAGACAGUGGGAGGACCCCGGUAUGUGGUGCCUGCAACAAAAUCAUCAGGGGUCGGUACCUGGUAGCACUGGGACGUUCAUGGCACCCGGAGGAGUUUACAUGUUCACAGUGUAAGGCGGUCCUGGAAGAGGGGGGAUUCUUUGAGGAGAGAGGGUCUGUCUUCUGCACCAAGUGCCACGACAACCGAUACGCGCCCAACUGUGCCAAGUGCAAAAAGAUGAUCACAGGGGAGAUCAUGCAUGCCCUGAAGAUGACCUACCAUGUUGAGUGUUUCAAGUGUGCGGCCUGCAAGACUGCCAUCAGGAACCAAGCCUUUUACAUGGAGGAGGGAGAACCCUACUGUGAGAGAGACUAUGAGAAGAUGUUUGGCACCAAAUGCCAUGGCUGUGACUUUAAGAUUGAUGCCGGGGAUCGGUUUCUGGAGGCCUUGGGCUACAGCUGGCACGAUACGUGCUUCGUCUGUGCUCUCUGCCAAAUCAACCUGGAGGGGAAGACGUUCUACUCGAAGAAGGAUAAGCCCCUCUGCAAAGGCCAUGCCUUUGCUCCGGUGUGAGAGAGCGAGCUUCAUCUUCAGAGGAAGGAACACUUCGUCUCUCUCCCUCCUCUUUCCUCACUCCGCCCUGCGGCACACUCGUACACAGUCUCCUCUUCGCCAACCACACACCUAGUUAAACUCAGUCAAAUGCAGCCUUAUUCCUUCCUGCACACAUUUUGUUUCUGUGUCGGAGGCUUAACGCUUACUUCACAUCCUGUUACUUUACUGUGCUGUUAGGAUAAUUGCAAUGUCACUGCCUGUAAUACCAAAUGCUGUGUUGUGUAACUGGAAGUAGUCAAGGAAUUAUUUCAUAUCUUGUCACUAACUUGUUGAAUUUUAAGGCAUUUUAGAUACAUUAAAGAUUCUACCACAGUUAUAGAUCUGACUGUAGUUUUAACGAAGAACUCUCGUGACUCUACUAAUCUAAUCCUUGUUCAGUUUGAAGUAAGAUCAAGUCAGUAUCUUCCAAGUUGGAGGAGUCAUUGAGCCUCUAACAACCUUACAUAUAGCAGUAAUGAUCGGCCACUACUCCAGCAGUAAGUGGAGAAGUGGUGGCCCCGCUCAGGACCCUGGGCAACUCACUGACUCUCACUGCAGUGCCUAUUAAAGUAAUAGGUCGAGUCAAGCAGAGAAGGGGUGUCCCAUUUUUGCUUGACUGGACCCCUGCACCGCUCCACAGAAUCACAAACUGCUUUACUUAUGUUGGCUCUAGCAAAUCAGAGCACAUACUGCAAUUACUAACUGAAAUUUUGAGUUAUGUAAUUAUCCUUAAUCGACCCAAUUUUAAUAGUCACAGAUAUAGGUGAAUGAGAAACUGCUCUUGUUUUUUUAAAUGUGUCAAACUCCUAAAAUAAGGACAUUAGCUUUGAAAUUCUCCAUUAUUGGACAUCUGUAUUAGAAGAACAGUAUUUGUCCCCGAUGUUAAUCUGAUAUUGUUAUUAUUCCUUUGAGUACUUUCAAGCCAUUGUUGAAUAUGUAUUUAUAUUGCUUCAGAAUGGGCCUGUAAUGUUGUUUUUUUUAGCUGCUGGAAGUUUCAAAUAAAAUGAUUA